AUGCUGCAAUAUCAAUUCAGCGCCGGCACUGCUGGACUCGCCUUUCUGGGGCUCGGUGUCGGCUCCAUGAUCGGCGUUGUAUUCUUCAGUAUUACCUCGGACAAGUACAUGAAAAAGAAGGCCGCCGAGGCCGAUGCGGCAGCCGACGCAGCCGGCACGGCUCGCGAGGGAAUGAAACCCGAGUACAGACUCGUGUCUCUCCCCGCGGGAGCCUUCUUCCUCCCGGCCGGGCUAUUCAUUUAUGGAUGGACGGCCGAGUACGGAGUACACUGGAUCGUACCUAUCCUCGGAACGGCCAUCAUCGGCGUCGGAAACCUUAUCAUCUUCAUGGCGUUGCAGCUCUACCUCGUCGAUUCGUUCACUAUUUAUGCUGCUUCUGCGCUGGCUGCGAAUGCUGUCGUUCGCUCUGUGGCUGGCGCCGUCCUGCCCCUGGCCGGGUUGAAGAUGUACGAUGACUUGGGGGUGGGUUGGGGAAACAGCGUCCUUGGGUUUAUCGCGGCUGCGAUGGUGCCUGUGCCCUUCCUGAUCAUCAAAUAUGGCGAGUUUCUUCGGAAGAAAUAUGAGGUGAAGAACUUGUAA